GUAAGCAAAGCAAAAAGACACAACUUCCAGGGAGGUGGCCGGCUGUAGGAUCUCUAGGAAACCAAAGAAGGCUCCAUACUCGAGGCAGUAGGGUCCAAAUGGCGUCUGUAUUCUGCUAUAUUCCAAACCUAAUAGGUUAUUUACGGCUUAUUUUGCUGCUUGUUGCUUGGAUUUUUUUCGACAAGAUUGUGGUAUUUCUUCCACUCUAUAUUGUAUCUGCCCUCCUCGAUUGUGUGGAUGGAAUAGUUGCCAGGCGACUGAAACAGACAUCGGAAUUUGGAGCUUGGCUGGAUGUGCUGAUAGACAACAUAGGAAGAUCCAUCAUCUGGGCCAGACUACCAUACUCCUGGGGUGUUUUUGUGUUAUGCGUUGAGUGGAGUGUGUUUGUGUGCACGCAUACAUCGGGUCACGCGUGGAAGAACAGUUUCGGCAGUGCCCCCUGGUGGGUCAAGUCAGUCAUGGAGAACGGGUUCUACUCGGUGAUGGGAUUGAUUACAAUCAGUGGUCUCCACGGUCUCCCUCCAUACCUCUAUUUCUACAACCACGUCCAAUUACACCCGGAGCUGUUCCCCCAAAUAUUCCAGACGCUGCAUCCUCUACUGGUACUACCUGUCGUGGCACUGGGAGCUGGUCGGCUACUCUGUAUGGCUGUAGAGGUUUGGUGUAUACGGGAGCAUGCCCUCCACCUGGCACACAGGGAGGUGGACAAUCAAGUCAACUCACUCACCAAAGAACUGGACAAAACUGACUCUUAACCGUUAAAUCAUUUUCAGUACAUUCUCAUCAUUCCGGCUUUAUCGCAUUUAUCAUGAAGUUUUGGAUGUCAAUAAAAAAAAUACGGAACUUAAUUAGAAUG